CUCACAUUCAUGCAUGCACAGUCCUGUAGCUGCUGCAAGGUUGACCCAUCCUUAUGGGGUUUUCUCUACCAUGGUCUUUGCUCCUCCUUAGUCUUCUCAUGGGGCCAAGAAUUUCCAGAGAGGACCCAGCACCUCUGGUGGUAACUGGGACCCAAGGAGGGUCUGUCACUCUGCCCCUGUAUCUGCUGCCAGAACAGCAGGUAGAGAGCAUCUCCUGGAUGUCCCGUUCGGAAUCCAGAGCAAUUGCCUCAGUCACCAUGGUAGAAGCUGGAGGGCUAGACACUUUUUAUCAGGCAGGAAGCCGGUACUGGGGCCGCGUGAAUGUUGUGGAAUCAGGCUACUCUCUGCAGAUCAGCAACCUGAGCCAAGAGGAUGCAGGGUCCUACCGGGCCCACAUUAACCUGAGGAGUUCCCGUAUCACCCAUAUCCAGGAGUACUGGCUGCAAGUCUUUGAAAAGCUGGUCCCACCCCACGUCACACUGAGUUCCAGGAUUGGUGAUAAUGGAAACUGCAUCAUCAUUCUGACAUGUGUGGCAGAAAGCAGAGGAGGUACUGUGGUCUAUAGCUGGACACCACUGAGUCCCCGGACUGUGAUAUCCCAUGGAGGGUCUGUCCUCAGUGUUUCCUUGAGGCCGGAGGACAGUUUUCCACCCUUUACCUGCAUAAUCAAGAACCCAGUCAGCAACAGCAGCUCCCACCCGGUCUCAGUGCCACACAUCUGCACAGGGUCAGGAACACUGAGAGAAGUCACAGCAGGGAAUGUAGUGAUUGGCACUCUUGGGAAGUCAGUCACUCUGCCCCUGGAGGUCCCAGUGGAUCAGGAGGUAGAAAGCGUCACAUGGAACUCCAAAGGGCUCAUUGCUGUUUUGCAACCAGGACCAGCUGGCAAACCAGUCCUGGUUUCUGAGAUUCAGGGACCAUACAGUGGACGACUGAGCACCCCUCAUUAUGGUUAUUCUCUUCAUAUCAGCCCCCUGGAGUUGUGGGACUCUGGCCCCUAUAGAGCUGGGAUAAGUCUGCGUUCUCCUCUGAUCAACAUCACCAAGGAUUUCACCCUACUUGUCUAUGAGAGGCUGAAGAAGCCCAAUAUCACUGUCACCUCCCAGAUCAUGAGGAAUAGGACCUGCUUUGUCACCUUAGCCUGCUUCAUGGAAGAAGCUGGAGAGGAUGUUCAAUAUAGCUGGGACCCCCAUGGCCAGGGGGCAGUUGUAUCUCAUGGAGGAACCACUCUCAGUGUUUCCUGGAGAUUUGGGGACAGUGGCAGCUACUGCUGCAUUGCUAGGAAUCCUGUCAGCCAGAACUCUAGUUCCAUCCUCACCAGACCCCUCUGUUCAGCCUCCCUUCUAGCUUGUUCCCUGAAGAAAGAAUUUCUUCUCUUUUGGAUCCUGGGAGCUGUGAGGAUUGAGUGGAUUUGAAUUUGACACUGCAGAGGGCAAGAAGAAGAAUAUAAAGCAGGCAGUCACCUGGAGGCAGAAAUAAAGAAUUCUACACAAGGAGCACAGGGGAUGCAGCACCUCCUGGUGUGAGAGAGUGAGAGACUCUGAUACUGACUGAAGCAUAAAAUCUAUUUUAUUUGCAAACUAUGUUCAAAAUUACCAAGAAAUUGCUACAUCUCUAAUUGUUCAAAAUAAUCUGUUAAGUGUGUUUUAAAAUGUUCAGAAAGAGAAAGAAGUUUAUUCAUUUAAGAAAAAUGGAAUGUUUUGA